AUGCCUGCCAAUCGGCAAGCAUGGAAGUGCAAGGAGCAGAACGUUGUCGCAACAAUUCCAUACAGAAGAUCCGCAUUCCAACUGACGAGGAUAGCUUCUCAAUUGCAAUUGAGCAAUAAUAAUAAUAACAACAAUAAUGACGACGAAGAAAAGGGGAUUCCAUUUCUUGCAUCGGCUCUUGGCAUCACGAUACUACUAGCCACUUGGCCUCUAUUGUUGACCCUUUUGCGGGAUGUGAACAAUCCCACGGAUGGCUUUGAUGUGGACAUGUUCAUGACACUCAAGGGAAUGAUAGAUGGCUCUAAUAGUAACGGAAAUGUCGAUAUGAGCAUGCUGACAGAUGAGAAUUACCAAUCCAUCGUGCAACUGCCAGCUCUAUCUCCAGCGGAACAAUUGGUGGGUGCCUUUUUUGGACCACCACCACCACGGUAG